CUAUCCGUAGCUGUAGCCGAAGUCGCCGUUUCGGACACGGCCUUACGUACGCAGCGAAUACGCAGUGAGUAUGAUCGAGCAAGGCAUGCUGGGAAAAAAUGGCGCGGCAAGAUCGAUCAUCCCUGGGAACGAGGUUGGGGCUUAGCUACGAAGUUGCCGUUUCGGACACGGCCGGCCUUACUCACGUGUGAUUGUUUAUCGUGCGCAUUUCAGUUUACCAUUUACAACGUACAUACAGAACUCAGUCCAGACAGGUUGGAGUGAUGCUAAUGUACAGGCUGUGACAUCAGUUCCGCUAUGGCAUCAAAUGCAGUGAAAUUAAUCUUCAAGUACUAUUGGCCGACUGUAUUAAAACCUGUUUGCAACAGAAACUGUUCAUCAGUUCAGCCACUGUCUGUUUGGGCCAAAAGACCUAUGGUCAUCAACACAAGCUAUGCUAAAGGAAUGUUCUCCAUAAAUAUAACACCUAUAGUUCAUGACUUGUCAAAUUCACAUUCAGGUCUUAAUUCAUGGAUUCAAAGAAUUAAAAAAUGUGAGUCCAUUGAAGAAGUUCUAAAGCUUACCGAAAAUGAACACAUAAAUGGCAAUCAGGCUUCAGUGGCACUUAGUAUCAUCAACAAAUUUUAUCAGACAGACAAAUACAGUGAAGUUGCAAACAAACAAUUCAGUAGCAACCAGUUGAAACAUUUGUACACUGUUGUAACUGAAGAUGCGACUAAGAUGUUGGGCAAAAGUAUUGUCUCUUCAAUAUGUAAUGUGCUAAAUUUAGACUCGACACAUGUAUCGCAAGAUCUCAUUACAAAGUUGGUGCCAGAAUGCAGAGGACGCCUUUGCUCAUUUCACGUGUAUGAUAUUGCAGUACUACUCUGCCAUUACAAAUUGUUGUCAAGUUUUGAGGAAACUAAUGCACUUUUGAAAGAAGCAGCUGAAGCAAUUGAGUUCAGAUGGAGGGAGUUACAGAAUCCACAAAUUGUUAUUAGACUCCAUAGCUCAGCUAAGUACUUUUCUCCUUCUCUGAUAAGAUGCCUAGAAGACAAAACAGUUGAAAUUGUGCACCACUUCAGUUUCAAGGAAUUAGUGCAGUUAUCAGAGGCUCUUAGCAACAAUAAGAUACGUUCACUGCCAAUUCUUCGAGCAGUUUCCUUUGAAAGUCUUGAAAAGAGACAAGAGUGGGAGGUACAUCUAGUAUUAGAGCUGCUACAAGCAAUGUCUAAACUGAGUUUUCACCAUGAUUCCCUCUACAAAGUGUUUGGUGUUUUCCUGAAGAAGCAGCUACCAAAUUGUAGUGUUUCGACUAUUAGUCGUGCUGCUCUGUGUUAUGCUCUUCUUAGGCUACACAACACAGACCUUCUGGAUACCAUUGCUACUCACCUUGUGCAAGAAGACAACUUGCAAUCCAUUGGUGUUGAUGACAUCAGUUAUCUUCUCUUUGCAAUAAGUCAGCUGUGUUAUAGGAUACAGGACUUUCAAUCAUUCACAGAGAAAGUUGAUGAUAGACUGACUAUGUUAAACUGGCAGAAAGUGACACCACAAGUUCAAAUUGACAUUGCCUUUUCUCUUGCAGUGCUUCAAAUAUGUCCAAUUACUUUAUUGAAGCAUGUCCUGAUGGAUCCACAUUUUAUUACAAGAAAUGCACCUGACACUUGUAUGAAAAAACAGAGAGCUGUUUAUCAACUGAAGUUAUUGCAAUUGAAUACUUAUGCAAAACUGGAGUGCAAAGGUUACCAAGGCCCGUAUCUUUCUCUUCUGUAUUUUCCUGAGGCUUUCAAAGUCAAAACUUCCAAGCUGCAUAAAAGUGUUGUAAAAACAUUAGAAGCAGUGGUUGGUGGGCCAAAGUUCUGCAUGACAAAUGUCCGCCUUUUAGCUGGAUACCAGUUAGAUGCUGUUGUUGUUCUGAAUGGGGAUGACACACCUUUGCCUGUCAGCUAUUGUAAAGAAACAGUUGAUCCAGGUUUGAUCAGCAUUGACAAGCUUCAUCAAAGCCUCACAAGAGUUGCCAUUCUCACAUGGGGACCAAGCGAUUAUCUAUUUGGAAGGAAACAACUAACUGGACGUUCCUUGAUGGCCAAGCGCCACAUACAUCUACUUGGAUUUCAUGUCGUUGAGGUAUCCUUCCAGAAGUGGAGUAGCUUGAAGUCAGAUUGGGAAAGAUUGAGGUUUAUCAAGCACAAAAUUACAAAUGCCACAAAACACAGGGUCUGUCAAACAUUCUCCCAGGUCUAGUAAUUUCACCUUGAGACAGGUAAUUCAAAGAAUUAUUAUGCCUAGUGGCUAGUUUUGUUGUUGAAGAAAUUAGUCAGCCUUCAGCCGAAUGCUUUUUACGCAAAACACUUUAAAGGCAGUGGGACUAUUGGUAUUUACUCAAAAUAAGUUUAAGCAUAAAAACUUACUUGGUAACGAGAAAUGGAGAGCGGUUGAUAGUAUAAAACAUUUUGAGAAACGGCUCCAGUAGAUCCAACCUGAGAUCCCAGUAGAUCCAACCUGAGAUCCCAGUAGAUCCAACCUGAGAUCCCUGUAGAUCCAACCUGAUAUCCCAGUAGAUCCAACCUGAGAUCCCAGUAGAUCCAACCUGAGAUCCCAGUAGAUCCAACCUGAGAUCCCUGUAGAUCCAACCUGGGAUCCCUGUAGAUCCAACCUGAGAUCCCUGUAGAUCCAACCUGGGAUCCCAGUAGAUCCAACCUGGGAUCCCAGUAGAUCCAACCUGGGAUCCCAGUAGAUCCAACCUGAGAUCCCAGUAGAUCCAACCUGAGAUCCCUGUAGAUCUAACCUGGGAUCCCAGUAGAUCCAACCUGGGAUCCCAGUAGAUCCAACCUGGGAUCCCAGUAGAUCCAACCUGAGAUCCCUGUAGAUCCAACCUGGGAUCCCAGUAGAUCCAACCUGAGAUCCCUGUAGAUCCAACCUGAGAUCCCAGUAGAUCCAACCUGAGGUCCCAGUAGAUCCAACCUAGGAUCCCAGUAGAUCCAACCUGAGAUCCCUGUAGAUCAAACCUGGGAUCCCAGUAGAUCCAACCUGAGAUCCCUGUAGAUCCAACCUGGGAUCCCAGUGGAUCCAACCUGAGAUCCCUGUAGAUCCAACCUGGGAUCCCAGUAGAUCCAACCUGAGAUCCCUGUAGAUCCAACCUGGGAUCCCUGUAGAUCCAACCUGAGAUCCCUGUAGAUCCAACCUGGGAUCCCUGUAGAUCCAACCUGAGAUCCCUGUAGAUCCAACCUGGGAUCCCAGUAGAUCCAACCUAGGAUCCCAGUAGAUCCAACCUGAAUUCCCAGUAGAUCCAAUAUGCUUCAGUUGAAUGUACAUUGCACAACAACAUUUUCUUAUAUGAAGAUUAAAUUUGAGUAAGCAAAGUAUUGCCAGAUCACUAAUAAUUUCUAUUUUCAAUAAACAUGAUUUUCAGGCUGUCUCUUGA